AUGCUUUUGAAGGGAAAAGUUGCAGCCAUCACGGGCGGAGUCACGGGCAUCGGCAGAGCCAUUGCGGUUGAAAUGGCGGCUCAAGGAGCCAAGGUGGUGGUCAAUCACUUGGACAGUGAAGAACAAGCCCAACUUGCCGAGGAGCUUGGAAAAGAGAUUGGACUCGAAAGCUUCUUGGCUGUGCCGGGCGACAUCUCCAAGCCGGAAACAAGCAAGCUCUUGAUCUCCAGAACGGUUGAGCGGUUUGGCGAAAUCAACGUUUUCGUUUCCAACGCUGGAAUCUGUCAGUUUGCCGAGUUCAUCGAUAUGGACCCGGAAAUCUACUACAAAACCGUUGAUAUCAACUUGAACGGCUCCUUUUUUGCGAUCCAGGCGGCAGCCAGGCAGAUGAAGGACCAGGGUAAGGGCGGAAGCAUCAUCGGGAUCCUGUCCAUCUCUGCUCUAGUUGGAGGAUCCAUGCAAACACACUAUACGCCAACCAAGGCGGGAAUUGUCUCUCUUAUUCAAUCUACAGCCUGUGCUUUGGGCCCCUACGGCAUCAGAUGCAAUGCCAUUCUUCCAGGCACGAUCCAGACGGUUCUCAACGAGGAGGACUUGAAGGAUCAAGCCAAGAGAACAUACAUGGAGGGAAGAAUCCCGCUUGGGCGGUUGGGAGUUACGCAGGAUAUCGCCGGUCCUGCUGUGUUUUUGGCCAGCGACAUGUCGGGAUACAUGAACGGAGCCCAGCUUCUCGUGGACGGUGGAGCCUUUGUGAAUUUCCAGUAG